AUGUUCCCAGAAAUUCACGUGGAAAACCCCUCAAAAACCUGGGCCUGGAGACUCGUGUUCUUUGGGGCUUCAGGUUCCGAAGCUCCGCUGCUCCCAGGAACUCGAGGUCUCUCCCUCGACGCAGCGGGCGAAGAGUCACCGCAGUCGUCGAGCGGUCUUGCCGCAUCGAAAGCUGGGUUCAGAGUGAGAGAUGAAUGGCUGACGAAGCUGUGCCAAGUGGUGAGUGAAAGAAAUCUGUGCACCGUUCUGCUGCCGGAAGUGUAUUCCAUGGAGAUCCUUCAAGAAGUCUUGUGGAUCCUGCGGGAGCAAAAGAAAGGGAACCUGGUCUAUCAAAUCUUACAGGGCAUCGAAGGACGAUGCCUCCAGCUGAAUGCGUCCAUUUUCACUGUCCCACACGUCCAUGGCUGGUGUAAAAACUCUGGUCCCAUGGUGGUUGGCUUCGGUACCGAAUGCAGAUGCCUUGGCGUGCCCGGGAAGGCUGAAGCGUUGGCCGAAAUCGAUCGCGGACGCAGUGAACAGGUGGUUAUUGUCGGUUUCGACGGAGGCCCACCCCGCGGUGGACACCGCGCUUUCCGCCCUUGGCGCCUGGCGCUCGCGGUGUCCGCGACGGGCGGCUUCGCGGCCGGCUUCAGACCUGGCUGCUUCACACAGGCGAGCUCCGGGCGUAAGAAACGCGGGCGCGGCGGUGUCCGGAGGCCUCCGACAUCCAGUGACAAAACCUACAGGAGAAGCAUGAAAUGUUUGAGGUUCCACUACAGGUCUAAGGUGGCAGGAAUUGGAGUUACUGUUCUUUCUGGUACCCGGACCAUCCAUGUGGUGGCAGCGGUCGUGGGCUAUGGCACCAACUGGGUGGGUGUGAAGAUGAUCUUCUACCCCAUCGAAUUUUUAGGAGUGAACAUUCGGAGAUGGCCGGAGACGCCUUUGGGCUUCAUAGGCUGGCAAGGCAUUGUGCCUUGCAAGACAGGCAAGAUGAGCAGGCGCCUUGUGGAUAUCAUCACGGAGAAGCUCUUGAGUCUCAAAGAGGCCUUCUCCCGCUUGGAUGCCGCCGAGUUGGCGCAACGCCUGGAGCCGUCAGUGGCAUAUGCCAUCGAGCAUGAUGCUGCCUGGGGCGAGGUCUGGAUCAGUGUGACUCGGCCACAGCUGCGCAGCGUGCUGACGCAACUGGUCCAGGACGCAACACCCAAAGCAGCCAGGAACCUCUUAGAUCUACGGAAGGUCGUCUCCAGCGCCUUCCUCAAAGACAAGGUGCUGUUGGGCGAGCUCUUCCAGAAAGCGGGCCGAAAGGAGCUGGAGUUCUUGGUGAACUCCGGCCUCAGCUUCGGUUUCUUUCUGGGCAUCCUACAGAUGCUAUUGUGGAUUUGCUUUCCCAACAACUGGGUGCUUCCAGUAGGAGGGGCGCUGGUCGGGUACAUCACGAACUGGGUCGCUAUCAAGCUGAUCUUUGACCCCGUGGAGCCGACACAGGUCGGUCCCUUCGUCUUUCAAGGGCUUUUCGAGAAGAGGCAGGUGGAGGUCUCCCAGGAGUUCUCAGAGUUCCUGGCCGACCGCGUCUUGACCUCUCAGCGUUUGAUCGACGAGAUCGCCAACGGCCAAAACCAGGAGAAGUACCAGGCCUUAGUGCGAAAAGCGGUCCCCGGCAUGGUGCCGGACCAUGUGGUGAGAGCAGCGGCCAAUGCUCUGAAGAAGGUGGCCUUGGAGCCCAAGGACCAUCCGGUGCAUGCUUACGUGGACAAAGAGCUUCGUUUGCAAGACACGUUAUUCCAGAGGCUUUGCAAGCUCACGGCGCCCGAGUUCGAGAACUUGUUGCAUCCGGUCUUUCAAGAGGAUGAGCUCACUCUGAUCGUGGCCGGCGGCGUCUUGGGCGCCUUCGCCGGCUUUCUGCAGAUGAGCCUCGGGUGGGGCGGCCCUUCGGCGGAGGGCGCCGUCGCCAAGGCAUUACGCCUGUCGGCGGGCGCAGGCGCCGGGGCGGCGGCCACAAAGAUGGCCCUGCUGCCCCCGUGGCGUGGUGCGGUGGUGAGGGGGGGGCAGACAGUUUGUGUGUCAGUUUGUGUGUCAACAGAGCAGUGCUGGGGCGGACAUCCCGACAGAGCUAUGCCGAAGAGAAAGGCUUGUCCGUCCCUGGAUGCAGAUCCUUGCGGGAUUGGACUGCUCUAUCUCACCGCGGAUGAGGUGAACAUGAUCCGCGAGAAGUUGGACCAGAUGAAGCGUGCGCGGAUUUCUGGGUGGGAAUGGGUGUUGGAGGCAACGGAUACACAAAGGUGCGCCAGCACAAAGAGGGGAUUGGACACGAAGGAGACACCCGCCAAAGAGGUGAAGGCAAGGAAGGUGGCAAGAGAAGCCACAAAAGCGCCCGAGAAGGCUGCAGCAGCCAAGGGCAAGACGCCGAAGGCGGCUCGCAAAACCCGAGCCGCCAAGGCGAAAGCGAAGACGACGGAGAAGAAAACAGCCAAAACAAAGGAGAGGCAGGCGAGAAAAGCCGCUAUAGCGGCAAAGAAGGCAGAGGCCAAGCUGGUUAAGGCCAAGGAAGCACGGGAGGCCAAGUUGGCCAAGGCACAAGCGGCAGAAAGGACAGCAGCGAAAGCCUCUGCAAAGGCAAAGUCCAAAACGCCGCGCCGCCCGGCCGCGAAGGGCAAGCCUAAGGCAACGGUGAUGGCCUGCCCUUUGGAUCAACAAGGUCGAGACUACAUGCUGGACUUGAUAGUACAAAUCUCCGAGGACCAUAAGAGACGACUGUUUGAGUCUUACCGGGAGAUUGUGCAUGAUGUCCAUUGCAACGAGGUCACUCUAGAUUUCGACCACAUGACCUGGAAACGACGCCGCAAGCUCCAGUACACCUUGGAAUUUUGGGCGGCGCAAGACGCACGUGCAGAACCCGCAGGAACAGCCACAAGAUCAGCUAGCGGCAAGCUCUCCAAGCACCUCUACCGAGUGCUCCAAGCACCUCUGAGCAGGACCAGCUGUACAGAAACGAAGAAGAACUAA